AGGGACGAGUGGCAAUCGCAUGAGGUAAAGUGAAGAUCGAUUGUCCGCACUGUACUAGCAAAUAACCGUAGAGAAACCCGUUCUGUUUCCGAGCAACUGCAGUUUAGCCCACACUGGAUCCCCAUUCAUCAGAACGCCCGCAAAAAUGGCAAUAUCGACCCUCCAGAGACUCUCCUCCCAACUCCACAGCCUUCAAUCUCUGUCUCUUUUCACCAAAUCUGUCCUCGUCCGCUCCUCCGCCUCCAUUGCCUCCGCCACCGCCACCGCCUCGUCCUCUGCCAAAGUCGCCGACAGAAUCGUUAAGCUCUCCGCUAUCGACCUUGACGGUAAAAAGCGGGAGGUCGUGGGCCUCUCCGGCCAGACUCUCCUCAAGGCUUUGACCAACGGCGGUCUUAUCGAUCCUGCCUCCCACCGCCUCGAGGAGAUCGACGCUUGCUCCGCUGAGUGCGAGGUCAGCAUCGCCCAGGAGUGGCUCGAUAAGCUGCCACCGAGAUCUUAUGAUGAGGAGUAUGUUUUGAAGAGGAAUUCUAGAGCUAGGGUUUUGAACAAGCACGCCAGGUUGGGAUGCCAGGUAGUCCUCACGCCAGACCUUCAAGGUAUGGUUGUUGCGAUCCCCGAGCCAAAACCCUGGGAUAUCCCCUAAAACGAGUAUGAGUUUAGGGUUUUGUUUUUGAUUUUGCUUUACCAUGCUGUUUGGAAUUGAAUAUUUAAUAAUGUGCACACAUCAAAUGGAUUUAUGUUUCCUGAAAUGUGGGAUUUGUGUAAGAUCACCCUUGAAUUGGGUAUGCUGGAACUUAAUUCUGAUGUUUUGGUUGUAUGCUGGAACUUAAUUCUGAUGUUUUGGUUUAGCUAAUUAGAAUUUUCUGCAAAACUUUUGUUUACCA